AGAGACCGGCUGGGCUGGGCUGGCGUGAAACAGGAGGGCGGAGGCAGGUUUCCCCGGGGUAGCGGUGCAGAGGCUGGGCGAAGCAGAAGCAGCAGCCACCGGCCCAGCAUGUCGUACUGCUGGGGAGCCGGCUCCUGCGGGCAGCUGGGGCUGGGCGAGGCGGCCGCCGGCGGGCUGGUGCGGUGCCGGCGGGGGCCAGAGGCCGGCGGGGGUUGGACGCUGCUGGAAGCGGCUUGCGGGGAGCGCCACACGCUCCUGCUGGGGCCGGACGGCACCGUCUGCUCCUGCGGGGCCAACGCCCGGGGGCAGCUGGGCAGGAAGCUCUGCCCGGGGCAGCGAGGAGGCUACACGCCGGAACAAAUUCAAGCUUUAGAAGCACAGAUUAUUGUCCAUGUCAGCUGUGGAAAAGAACACUCGCUGGCUGUUUGCAACAGAGGAAAGGUCUUCUCCUGGGGAGCUGGGUCUGAAGGCCAGCUGGGCACUGGAGAAUUUAAGGAACAAAGUUUAAUCCCGAAGAAAAUAGAUGGUCUCUCUGCUCUCAGAAUAAUACAAGUCACCUGUGGGCACUUUCACUCAGUUGCACUGGCACAAGAUGGCAGAGUCUUCUCAUGGGGACAGAACACCCAUGGCCAGCUGGGCCUGGGACAAGAAAUCCCCUCCCAGCCUAGCCCACAGCAUGUCACAUCUCUCAGCGGGAUCCCUGUAGCUCAGGUUGCUGCCGGCGGGGGACACACCUUUGCCCUGUCUCUCUCGGGAGUUGUGUAUGGUUGGGGAAGGAACAACGCAAGGCAGCUGGGAUUAAACCUCACUAACACAAGAGAGCAAGUCUUCAAACCGUAUGCAGUAGCUGCUCUGAAGACUAUUGGCGUGGUCUAUAUCAGCUGUGGAGAUGAGCACACUGCAGUGCUCACCCAGGAUGGCAGUGUGUUCACAUUUGGAGAUGACAGUGCUGGACAGCUGGGACAUCGCUCUUCAACCCAGAUGCCUGGUCCGGAGAAGGUCGAAUGGAUAGACGGUCCAGUUUCCCAUUUGGCAUGUGGAAGCUAUCACACCCUGGUCUACAUGUCUACUUCUGGGCAGCUUAUAUCUUUUGGACGUGGUCCCCAAAGACACAUUGAAAAUGGAACAGCCAGUAACCCAGGGGAGCAGACACAGAACUUUGACAUCAGCAGUCUGAUUUCAGCUAACGAUCUGUCGGGCGUCCAAGUGAAAAUGAUUUUUGCUGGAACGUAUGUCAACUUCGUCAGUACUCUUCAGUGCCAGGAUCUUGAGCAUGCACGUGGGAUCUCUCCCGCAGAUACCCUGCAGAAGAUUAGCAGGCUCGACAGGACAUUGAUAGAUAAAUGGAUGGCAGUGACAGUUGGCACUGAUGAAUUCCAGGAGGCUAAAAGGGAAAUAGCCAUGAUAUUUUCUUCUCCUGCUUGUUUAAGUGCAAGUUUUUUAAAACCCAGCUCUGCUUUGGAAGCAAAUGAUGUUGGUGUUGAUCUACAAAAGGCAAGGGACAUAUUUGAUGAGCUAACCAAAAAGGAGUGGAUCGUUAACCAGAUAAAUUACUAUCUGUUGGCUGAACUGAUUCCUGGUCUUCCACUGCGUUCUCCUCAUCAGGAGGCUUUAUCUGUUUUCCUACUCCUGCCAGAAUGCUCUGUGAUGUACAAAGAACAGAACUUGGAGCCUUUUGUUAUGCAACUUGCGCAGGCCAUUAAUAGCAUGAGUGACCGUUCCUCAAACAUACUGGAAAAAUGCUGGACGUCGUUGUCAGCAUCCUUUUUGGACAAUGUGGUGCAGAUGUUUAAAAAGGUUGUAGUAUCUCAGCUGCCAUUUUACGCUUCUCCCCGUUGCCGGGACACCAAACCUCUCCUAGAAGUGCUUGAAAAGCUGUACAGGGCAAACAGGAAGGCUAACUACACACUACAGUUAAGCAAUUUUUACAUAGAUGAAAUCUCCGGGACAUUUAUUCCAACCGACGUAGGAAGGUGGCGCUCAUGGCAAAUUACAACUAAUUCGUGUCAUGAAGACGACGUUCCCGUCAUAUUCUGCCGUUUCCCUUUUAUCUUUAACUUGGUUUCCAAGACUCAAGUGUUCCACUUUGAUUCAUUUUUCAUGCAAGAGGGUGCGAAGGUAGAAGCCCAAUUCAUACUGAAGCAGAAUGAACUGCUGAGAAAGAGUGAGCUUCCUGAGUUGCCUGUUUUUCCUCUGCAAGUUAAACGCAGCAACCUGGUUGAAGAUACUUUACGUAAACUAAGUCUGGUGGAGGACAGUGUCCUGAAAAAGCAGUUGUUGGUGCAAUUUGAAGGGGAGUUGAGGGGCCUGGAUGCGGGCGGAGUGACGUUAGAAUUCUUCCUGUACGUAUUUGAAGAGAUGGUGGAUCCACAAUAUGGGAUGUUCGUGUAUUGUGACCCUGCGUCCCCAAUGUGGUUUCCUACCAGCCCUUCAGUAGAGAAGAAAAAGUAUUUCCUCUUUGGGAUCCUGUGUGGGCUCUCCCUGUUCAACAGGAUCAUUGCCUUCAUCCCUUUCCCACUCGCUAUUUUUAAGAAACUUCUGGAUAAGAAGCCUUCACUCGAAGAUUUGAAAGAGCUGAGUCCUGUGGUAGGGAAGAGUUUGCAGGCAGUUCUAGAUUAUGAGUAUGAUGAUAUUGAAGAGAAUCUUCAGAUACAUUAUUGUGUGUCGUGGGACAACAAGGAAGUAGACCUGAUUCCAGAUGGCAGUUCCAUAGCUGUGAACAACAAAAACAAGAAGGACUUUGUCAACAAGUAUGUGGAUUACGUCUUCAACAAAUCUGUGGAGGUAGUUUAUGAGGAGUUCAAGAGGGGAUUUUAUAAAGUCCUGGACAGAAAGAUACUUAGAUUCUUCCAGCCUCAAGAACUGAUGGAGGUGGCAAUUGGAAAUGCUAAUUAUGACUGGAACAAAUUUGAAAAGAAUGCUGUCUACUGGGGAGUGUACACUCCAUCACACCCCACCAUCAAAAUGUUCUGGAAGGUUUUCCAUGAGCUUACAGUGGUACAGAAGAAGGGCUUUCUCUUGUUUCUCACAGGAAGUGACCGAAUCCCUGUAAUGGGAAUGGACUGUAUAAAGAUAAAGUUCAACCAACAUAUGACUAUGUCUGAAGAUCACAUCCCUGAAGCACAGACCUGCUAUCACAUCCUGAUCCUCCCACAGUAUUCUACAAUAGAAAAACUCCAAGAGAAACUUCUUCUAGCGAUCGAUAACAAUCGGGGGUUUGGCAAAAAACCGGACAUUAUUUCCAACGGAACUAAUGUCCCAGUGGUACCAGGAGGAGACUGGAAUGGUGUCAUGGAUGAUAUUGUAGACAAAUCUCCGUACUCUAAGCAAAAAUCUCAGGCCUUUGCAAACUAUCCAUUAUCCCUGCUGAAAGAGAGUGGACUAAUGGAUCUGGAGAAUAAGAGCAUAUCUAACAAAAUGCCAAGGGACUGCCAGACAGGCAGGCAACAAACCAGCUGCCAAAUGAAUUUAUUGUCACCACCUCCUCAACCAGCAGGAGUAGCAUCCUCAUCGUUGCUGUUGUUCCCAAAACCAAUCUGCCACCCCAACUUCUUCAAGAAGCACCCGCAAGAAAUCUGCCAGAUAAACUGCAAAGAAAGCUCCCUAGCUGUCGUGGAGAAAAACGGGAGCGUUCUCAUUUUUGACAAAGAGGACGAACACAGAAAACCCGAAUGCGUGAAUUCAGGAAAGGACACGAGGGUGCAUUCCUUGGACUGUGGAGCAGCUCAUAUGCUCAUUCUCUCCUCGGAUGGAAAGCUUUCUGAGCACAGCAUUUCAGCCCCAGCUAAUAAGUCGGAGAUGAGACUGCUGAAAGAAUUAAGAGACAAAUACAUUGUCCAAAUCGCAUGUGGGGACCAUCAUUCCAUGGCACUGUCUAAAGGAGGUGAGCUUUUUACCUGGGGACAGAACUCACAUGGUCAGCUUGGAGUGGGGAACCAGACUGCCUUUACCGACAAACCACAACUGGUGCGGGAGCUCAGAGGCAUCCCGCUGGCUCAGAUUGCUGCAGGAGGAACUCACAGCCUUGCUCUGUCGCUCUCAGGAGCCGUUUACUCAUGGGGGAAGAAUGAUUUUGGACAGCUGGGACUUGGAGACACACAAAACAAAUAUUACCCUUCAUACAUUAGAGCCCUAGAACAUAAGAAGACUAUGUAUAUCUCGUGUGGUGGAGAGCACACUGCCGUUCUCUCACAGGAUGGGCUGGUGUGUACCUUUGGAGCUGGAGAUUAUGGGCAACUUGGUCACAACUCCACCCAGAAUGAACUGACACCUCGUAUUGUGGCUGAGCUAUUUGGAGCAAGGGUGUCUCAGAUAGCAUGCGGAAGAUGGCACACGCUCGUCUAUGUCCCCUCCUUGGGAAAAGUCUAUUCAUUUGGUUGUGGAGCAGAAGGGCAGCUGGGCAAUGGUGACACAUCUAAUCAGUUGAUACCACUGCCUGUCGAAUUACCUUCAGAGUGGGUGAAUGGUGGAAAACUCAACCAGGGAAACAGUACCUCCGAAAAGGUGAUUAAAAUUAUUGCGGGAGGAAACCAAAGCAUUGUGCUUUGCUUGAAGAAAAAGAAUCCAUAUGUUACUUUGAAUGGAAUUGCCAUAGUGGAAGACAAGGAGGUGGAUAAAUGGAUUUCUAAUUCGGAUCCUAAACAGUGGGAGAAUAUAAAGAAGACUAUUUGGCUGAUCUUUUCCUCUGAGGCGUGUGUCAAUGGAAGUUUCUUGGACAAAAGUAGAGACAAACAUUUCAGAACCUCCAAAGAAAUCUCAGGCGUAGAUAUGUCAGCAGUGCUUCUUUUUUAUGAGAAGAUGAACAAGAAACCAAAAGUCUACCAGGAGAUGAUCUCUGCAGUUAAGAAAUUGCUGUCAUCGCUGUCUUCCUCUCCCAGCUCACCUGAAGCUCUCAGGAUCUACCUGAUCAUUCCUGUUCUUUCACGGGGACAGGUUAACAUGUCUGAGUGUCUUCUUGAUCAGCUAGCAGAAGCCAUCCUGAGUCUCCAACAAAAAGACCUGAAAGUUCUUGAAUCCCUGUGGUCAAAUCUAGAAAUAUCCUUUUUCAAGGACCUAGUGAGCAUGUAUCAAAGCGUUUCCAGAAUCAAUCUAUCUCUUUUCAUCAUGCAAGUCAGAAACUCUGAAGAAGUCACCUGUGAACCACACUUGAAUAGGACUCUGAAAAUGCUGCAGAUUCUUUACCAGGUGAAUUCCAGUGCUGGUUUCAAAAUACAAGAAAACAACUUCUAUGUACCUGAAGUGAAAAUGAUUUGGGGAUGGAAUUUGCAUUUGAAUGAAGAAACAACUUUCGAACAGUGGAACAAAAACCUGAUUUCAAAGCAUUUGGAAACAAGGGCUUUGUUGAAACUGACUGCAUACCCUUGCAUCUUUGACAUGCAAGAUAAGAUUGUGGUUUAUAACAUUGACCGCCAAAUUCUGUUUGGGAUAUAUAACACAAACUCUUUCCUGGUGCCACGAGGUCCGUGGCGUUUAGAGGUCAGAAGAGCACAUCUUGUGGAUGACGUGUGGCAGAAUUUAAGGAGCGCAGUACCUAAAACAUUUGAGAAAUUCUUGCAAGUGCAGUUCAUUGGAGAACAAGGUAUUGAUGAUGGAGGGUUGUCCCAGGAGUUCUUCACUAUCAUUACAAGGGAACUGUGUUGUCCAGAAGCACAGAUAUUCAGACAUUUUGAGGACUCCAUGCUGAUUUGGUUCCCCUCCCAGGUACCAGGAAGCGAAGACACCUUUUCCCUGAUUGGCACUCUGUUUGGAAUGGCACUGUAUAACAUGAAGAUCGCUCCCUUUCAUUUCCCUCUAGCUCUGUACAAAAAGUUGCUGGAUAUUCCACCCACUCUAGAAGACUUAAAAGAGCUGUCUCCUACAGAAGGGAGUGGUCUUCAAGAAGUCCUGAAUGAAGACUGUGAUGACAUCCUUGAGAACAUGAUGAUAGAUUUCACAAUAAUGAAGGAACAAGGAGGAUCUAUAGUUUCCAUUGAACUUAAAGAAAAUGGUGCAGACAUUCCAGUCACAAAGCAUAACAGGAAAGAAUACGUCAAUGCAUACGUGAAUUAUGUGUUCAAUGAAUCGGUAAAGAAGCCAUUUGAGGAUUUCAGGAAUGGGUUUUUAAGAGGCUGUCCAGCUAAGAAGUGGAAGCUCUUCCUUCCUAUCGAGUUCCUGACUGUUUUCCGUGGACAUACAAAAUAUGACUGGAAGCUGCUGGAAGAGAAUACAAAGUACGAAGAUUAUGAAAAGUCUGAUCAAACCAUCAAGAAUUUUUGGGCUUUGUUUCAUGAACUCCCAGAAGAAAAGAAGAAGAAUUUUCUUGCUUUUCUGACAGGAACGGAUCGAAUCCCUGCCGAAGGGAUGAGACAUUUUCAAUUCACUAUUGCAGACUUUCAAAAAGAAAACCCAGACCUUUUCCAUCCUAUUGCCAAUACCUGCUAUCACAUCUUGAAGCUCCCAAGAUACAGCAAUGAAGAGAUCCUUCGGGAAAAGUUCCUGAAUGCCUUAGAGUUUUAUGAAAAAUUUAGCCUAUCAUAAAUUGUGGCCAAGAGCAAUUUAAAAAACAUUUUUCAUGUCUUACUUGCAAUAGUCUUCUAUUGUUAGCUUUUGUGGGAGGAGAAGCCACCAAAUCCUGUCUUUUAUUUGUACUGCACCUUAAAAACAUUCAGAUUCAUUCAUCCAUUGGGAUUGCACUUUAACAAAGGAGGUGAUUCUCAGGCCUGCAGUCAAAGUACCUAACAUUGUAGAACAGGUUUGUAAAAAGACACUGAACUAACUAACCAAAUGCAACGUUGACUAAACAAAAAUGUAUUAUUGUUAUUGGUUAAAUUUUCCCUGCAUAAUCUCUUACAAUGGAUAUAAACUGUGUGUGUGUGUGUGUGUGUGUGUGUGUGUGUGUGUGUGUGUGUGUGUGUGUGUG